ACGGAGGGAAGGGCAGAGAGGAUGAACCCGAGGCACCUUUUGCCAGGUGGAGAAACUGAGGCCGGGAGAUCGGAAGAACCAGCCGUCCCCCAGGUCACAGAAUCAGGCGCCCCCCCCUCCCUCGCCCCCAAUCAGGGAUCCUGGGCUAGAAAAGGGGAACGGUUAGAGGAAGGUCAGCAAGAAGUGACCAGUGGGUCAGUCUGGGCCACACUUGCCUGUUAAACACGUGGGAAAACUGAGGCUGAGAGUGGAAGAGCUGGGCCAGAUGGUAAGGCUGGCCUAGAACCCAGGCCCUCAGACUCGAAAUUCAUCCCUCUUUACAACAGGUGGCACUGGGUCCAGGGACCUGACCCCAAAACUGGGUGAACUGAGGCCCAUGGUUUGAGCUCUUGGAGCCUCAGCCUCUGGCCCUCAGUUUCCUCACCUGUCUGAUGGGCAGGUUUGACCCACUGGUCACUUGUAGCUGGCCCUUCUCUAACCCUGCCCACUUUCUAACCCAGGAUCCCUGGUUUAGGGGUGGGGGUGGGGGUCUGGCCCUUGUGGGACCCCGGAGAAAUCUCUUCUGUCCUGCCUCAGCUUUACCAUCUGUGAAAAGGGAGGCUUUGGAUUAAAUAGUUUCUGAGUGCCUCACCCCACUGGCCCUGGCCCUGGAGGUGAGUAGUCCAAGGCUCAGUGAUGGGAAGCAGCGUGGGCAAGGAUCACCCAGGACCGUAGCCACUGCCCUGCACACUGGAGGCCCUGCUGCUGUCACCCAGGGCUAUGGCUGAGGUCUAGGGGAGAGGCGGGACCCUGGGCCAGCCAUUCUCCCUCACCCCAGACACCUCUCGGGGACCUCAGGCCACUGCUGAAAGAAGGUGGGGCUGGAGAGACCCUGGGGAGGAGAAGCCAGUCCCCUUCCUCCUGCCCUCGUGUCCCUCUGGUGGCUCUGUUCCCGUGAUGACUACACAAGGCAGCUCCCACCCGUGAGCAGUCUGUGCUGACCUGCACUCUGCUGCCCAGCCUCCCUCGCCAGCUUCCCAGGGGGCCCUGAGGAGCACAGGGAUUGAGAAUCAGGGAGCUGAUCGCCACUGAUGUGGACAGUGGCUGGCAUCGGCCCUUUCAGCUGAGAAGGUCAGCGUCCCCUCCUGUCUCCUGUUUGGUUUGCUGGCAGGUGCUUCUCUGGCGGUAUUUACUAUGGAGGAAGGAGAGGAGGGCUUGGUCAGAGGAGCCACCAACGAAAAAGCCGAUGUGGACGCACAGGAUGACUUUCCUCUUUUGACGGACGAGAAAUUUGACUUUGACCUCUCACUGUCUUCAUCCAGUGCCAAUGAGGACGACGAGGUCUUCUUUGGGCUGGUCGGGCACCGGGAGCAGUGCGUGGCUGCCAGCCUGGAGCCGCAGGGCCUGGUGCCCAGCGAGACCGAGCCGCUCACGUGGAGCCCCGUGGCUGGGGAGAAGUUUGUGGAGAUUUUCAAGGAGGCGCGCUUGCUGGCCCUGCAGAUUGCGAGCAGCGCCAACAAGGCAGCGCCCAGAGCCCGAGAGCCCGAGCCAGUGCCGGCCCCGGGGUCAGGGGAGGAGUUUGUGCAGGAGGCCAGGCUGAAGCUGGACAUCUUUGAGCGAGGACUGCAGGUGCAGAGAAGCUCCCCGGCUCUCAAAAGGGAGACCUACUGUGUGCCGACCCCGGAGGGGGCCCUAGUGCAGGCAUCGCUCACCUUUGCCGACUCCCCAGGGGCCCCACAGCCCGCUUCUGGUACCCAUCUUCAGAGCCAGGGGGCGGCCGAGAGAAAAGCCGCAAGCCGACUGCAGCCCCCCAAGUCUUUGUCUGUGCCUGGAAAAGGGGCUCCCGCCAAGCUUCAAUCAGGGAAACAAACCCAUCCUUCAAGGCUCCCCCCUGCGAGCUCCAGAGUGUCCUCAGGGGCCGUGCCCUUGGACCAGUCCAGCGGCGCUUCAGAGGCGAGCACAUCCUCCGGCAGCGGCACCAAAGGCCCCCCUGGCCUCCCUGCCCCCAGCAAGUUUGGGGCGAGGAAAACGCUGCUGAAACCUCCAGGGCGUGCCAGGACCCUCCUCACAGGAAAGAGCGCCUCUUUCUCAGGCCCCGUGUGCAGCAUGAACCCGACCCCAGUGAGAGGCAGUGCUAAACCAGGUGACCCUUUCCUCCGUCUGGCUGACGCUCCUCGGCCCAAACCGAGUGACCAACUGAGCCACAGAAACAUCUCCUACUCGAAGCAAACCAGAGUGGCCCCGGCCGCACCCUUUGCCGGCCGAGCCAAGGAGGCUGCCUCAGUUUCCCUGAGGCAGCCACAGACCCCCAAAAGUGGAACCCAGAGGCCAAGUUCCACCCCCAGCUUAUCCCAGCCCUCUCAGCUGACAAAGCCCAGGGGGCCCGGGGGUCCCAGCUCCGGAGCCAAGGCAGGGCCACCCACCAAUCCGCUUCGACAUCCUGCUUUCUCUGUAGGCGCCUCACCGGGCAGCGGGACUCCUCAAGUCCAGGGUGUGAGCCAGCAGCCGUCAGGCCCCUCGUCUGGAAGUGCUGCCCUGCGUGGCACCCCUACACGGUGCUCCUCAGGGGGAGUUCCACAGCCCCCCGGCAGCAGUACCUGCACCCCGCUGAGUGUCCGGCGCCUGUCAGCCCUGCCUACGCCGUCCAGCCGCCGAGCGUCAGCCCUUCCGUCGUGGCCGACACCCAGAACCGGCCUGAGAGCCACCUUCCCGCCUCAGCUGGUGGCUGCCCGGACCCCCUCGCAGGCACCCCCCAAGAAAGCCAAAGGCAGGCCCGAGCAAGCCCAGGAGACAGGCAGGCCAGGGGCUCCUUGCCCGUCUGACCCCCCUCUGGGGGUGCCUUUGGCCCUCGACUUUGCCUCUCCUGAGCAGACGGCCCCCAGGAUCCCUGGGGAGGAGGCCAGGGAGCAGCGGGGGACAAAGCCGGCCCCCCCAGAGGCCGUGCUCAUCCAUAUUGGCCCCGACACCCGCGCUGCUGUCCCAGCAAUGCCAAAACCGCCUCUCCGUGGCCAGCCGCUCCUCGACUUCUCCAACAGCCCUGAAGUGGACCCGCGAUGGCUCCCCCUGAUGCCGGCGAAGGCGUUGGCCGGUGAAGGCCCGCUUCUCAUCGACCUGUUUCCCUCUCCAGAAGAAGCCAAAAGCAUCCCGUCCAAACCUCUGCCAGCCACGGGGCAGCUGAUAGACCUGAGCUCUCCUCUCCUCAGCCUGAGCCCUGUGGAGGACAAGAAAAACCUGAACUCUCCGCUCCUCAGGUUUUAGGUGGGCAGCCGCCGGCCCGAGAGCCCCAGCCCAGGGCCUGGGAGCGACUCCCAGCGAACAAAAAAUGUGUAACUUACAGGGACAAAUUAGGACGCUUUGAGGUUUUUUAUGUCUCUUUUUAUCAAGUUUGUUUAAAAAGUCCAACAGAGAUUAAAUAAAACUCGCUGA